CACACAAUCUCUUUUUCCCCUCUUCCUCUCUCUCUCCCUCUCUCCCUCAUUGGCCCUUUUCUUCUUCGUCUUCGUCUUCUACUUCUCGCUCCUAUUCUCUCCAUUGUCACCAAAGAAUAAGGUGGAAAAAAGAGCAUAUGUCUUUUGUCUUAACUUGCUGAAGGGCUUUGGGAGCUAAUGCGUGCAAUGAACCAAGCUUGAUUCUUUCUUCUAUAUCCCCCAUGAUUUGGAGCCUCUGGGUUUCAAAAAAGUUUGCUUUUUUAUUUUGUUUGUUGUCUCUUUUCCGCCUUUUUCAGGAGAUGAGUUCUCUUGCAGAUCUUUGAUGAACUCCUCUUUGUAGCAAAAAAAAAAAAAGGAGUGUUUUUUUUUUUAACAAUCUAUCGGUUGUUCCGAAGACAUGGCGAGGGAUUUCUCUGCUUCUGGAGAGAUUUUGUCUACCGCUAACCCAACAACAAACAUUAAUACGCACCAUCGUCUUCAUCAUCAGAGUGAGAUGAUUCAUCACAUCCAUGGGUUUGAUGACAUGAACCCAUCCAAUCAUCACCAUCACCCUCAUCAUAAUCAUGAUCAGAUCUUCAGCUUGAACACAAAGACGGGCUUGAUAGACUUCUCCAAGCGGCAACAGCAUCAUCAACAUCAGAGGAUUAGCGUGACGAGUGGGGUUGAGGAGACAAGUGGAGGUGAGAAUCUGCUUCUAGAAGAUUCUACGUCCUCCAUGAGAUGCUGUAAUGUUGUUAAUCUCCCAUGUGAAGUGAAUGAAGAGAGACUAACAACAACAACAACAACGAGAACAAGACCAAGCCAAGGCCUUUCCCUUUCUCUCUCCUCAUCCAACCCUACAAGCAUCAGUCUCCAUUCCUUUGAACUCAGACCACAUACCGCACGACAAGGGUAUUUUGGGAAAACUCACAAUAAUCUCCAGCAUACCCAGAUGGUGAUGAACAACAACAGCCAUCAUCAUCAUCACCAGGAUCAGUUCCAGAUUUUGAGAUCAAAGUAUCUGAUUCCCGCCCAUGAGAUUCUUAAUGAGUUUUGCAGCCUCGGAACCAAAGAAAGUGAUGAAGCGAUCAUCACGAUGGUGAUGAAGCAGAAGAACCAAAAGGUAAAGCAACAGCUAAAACAGUGGGAGGGUAAUGAUAACAAGGAUAAUCAUGAUGCGUCAGCAAGUGCUUCUUCAAGAAAACAUGUUCCACCACUUCACUCUCUUGAGUUCAUGGAACUGCAGAAGAGAAAAGCCAAGUUACUCUCCAUGCUUGACGAGAUUGACAGGAGAUACCGCCACUACCGCGACCAGAUGAGAGCGGCCGUGGCUGCGUUUGAGGCCGCUGCCGGAAUCGGAGCGGCCGAAACGUACACCGCGUUAGCGGCAAAGGCGAUGUCGAGGCAUUUCCGGUGCCUGAGGGACUGCGUGGUGGGUCAGAUUGAGGCGAUGGGGGAGAGACAAGAUCCGGUGGCUCCUGGGACGACACGUGGUGAAACGCCGCGUUUGCGUUUGCUAGAUCAGGCGUUUCGGCAGCAGAAAGUGUACCGCCAACUGAGUCUAGUGGAGGCUCAUCCUUGGCGGCCGCAGCGCGGUUUGCCUGAAAACGCGGUUUCAAUCCUGAGGGCUUGGCUUUUCGAACAUUUUCUUAACCCAUAUCCGAGCGAUGUCGAUAAGCACAUAUUAGCACGUCAAACCGGUCUCUCGAGAAGCCAGGUAUCGAAUUGGUUCAUCAAUGCAAGAGUUAGACUGUGGAAGCCGAUGAUUGAAGAGAUGUACUCAGAAGAAACAAGAGGAGAACGAAACGGCAACAUCAUCAACCGCCAAGAAAACGUCAUGUUAACCGACCCGAAACCCGAACCGAACCCGAUGAUCCGGGUCGACCCGGAAUCUCUCUCGUAUAUGAUCACAAACCCUAAUACUAAAAUCUCACAGAGCCACCGGCAAGGAGCGACGCCGUUCGGGUCAACUUUUGACUUUUCAUCGUACGGUCACCAGGCUGUGACGUAUGCCGGUGACAGCUCCAACCAGGGCCUCGAGGAAGGGACACGUGGCGUGUCUUUGACGCUGGGGUUGCAGCGUCACAACGGUAACAGCGGCGUGAGUUUAGCAUUCUCGCCGGCGGCUUCACUUUUCUACGGAGAUUGCCAACAAGGGUCGGUCCAAUAUUCGACUGCGAUGUUGGAUGGUGAUGAAAGCCAGAAUUUGCCUUACAGGAACUUGAUCGGCGCUCAAUUGCUUCAUGACAUUGUUUAAUUAUGGUUGGAUCGAAUUUUAAAGUUUUUCUUCAAAAGUAUUAGACUAGACCGAAUCGGUUAUCGACCGGUUCGAUUAGAUAACCGACAUCGGUUUUGAAAAUUGAUAGUCAAAUUUGAUUGGGCGGGGGGUACAUAGAUAUGACCGUACAACCUUCUUUUUGGUUUCUUUUUGAAGUGGAUGGUUUAGUUUUUCGGUUAUC